AUGGAUGACUUGGUGAGACUGAAGAAUACUCUGUUCCAGAACUAUACCAAGGACUUUCGUCCUGUUUAUAACAUGAGUGACCCGAUACACGUGACACUCGAUAUGUUCCUAAUCUCUGUUUUAGACCUAGACGAAGUGACCGGAACAAUCACCCUUAACUGUGGUCUCGCAUUGUUUUGGACUGAUUACCGCCUUGCCUGGGACGCAAGCGAAUUCGGUAUCACCUCUUUCGUGUUUAAUUCGUCAAAUGUGUGGAAACCACGAAUUUACAUUACAACAUCAUCUGACGAUUUAUCGGAUUUCUCUUUCGAUGCCUUCGACGUAAGGGUAUACUCUAAUGGCUCAGUAACAUCUUCGCCAGGUCGACAUGUAAAGGCUAGUUGCAGCUUCGACAUGACCAGAUAUCCGACUGAUUCACAAACGUGUGUCAUGCAGAUUGCGUCAUGGAUGUUUGCAGCUUCUGAGAUGGUAUUCAUCAUAGCACGUCCAAACAUCAGCAUGGUUUACUAUAAACCUAAUGGGGAGUGGAACAUCGACUGGACAUCAGUCACAAACAACACUGAUUUUGGACCUCACUCCUCCAUAUUAGACUUUUCAAUUCACCUUACAAGACGUUCUGCAUAUUUCAUCAUAUCAAUGACUAUACCUGUGCAGCUUUUGUGUUUCCUCAACCCGUUCGUGUUCCUCUUGCCCGCCUCCUCAGGAGAGCGGAUUUCCUACACAAUCACUAUGUUCCUGUCCUUGGCCGUAUAUAUGACGAUUAUCGGAGAAAACAUGCCGAACGUUUCCGAUCCUAUGGCAGGGAUUUCCUAUUACCUCCUAGUGGCUAUGUUAUACAGUUGCCUGCUGAUCUUAUUGACGAUAUUCACCCUGCGCUGUGAGGCUGUUACUGAUAUACGCAGGUUCCCUUGCUGGAUGUUGAGGAUUGCCCCACGGCAAGUAUUUCACAAACCAGUCGAAACCAUCAGUAAAGGGGAUUCUAAUAAGAAAGUUAUAGAUACAGAAAGGAUGGAGGAUGAUAACGCAACAGAGGAAACAAUUUGUCGUGACGAAAAAGAGCUAUUACAGAUUUCUAGGAAAGAAGACUUACUGCGAUUUAUUGACAAAAGUCUUUUCUUUAUAACUCUCUUUGUGAUUGUAGUUAUAGGUUUCGUGUUUUCGCUAUCCUUCUGGGUUUAA